AUGGAUUCCAAGCAUUCCAAGUUCCACGCGCUUAGCGGCUCCAUAGCGAAGCACGUGUUCUUCCGCGUCUUGUUUCUUGUCUCUGCUGUUUCCAUCGUUUCUCUGAUCCGCGUUAUACCCACCAUUGAUCUGGGAUCUUUGACUCCCAACACCUACGUUGACUGUGUCGAAGAUUCAGAUUCUGACAACGUCACUGUCACGCCCGGUUCAUACUUGUUUCAGAGCCGAAUCCUCAACACCUUCUGGGGUUCCUUUGACAACAUCACCUGCAAAAAGCACAUUAAUUUGACUUCCAUUGUUGUCACCGAGUUAAUGGGUCAACGCCUUUUGAAUCGUGGCGCAAAAAGUCUAUGCCUUGGAGAAGGGUCACCAAUGGCUGUCUCCACAAUGCAACGGUUGGGGUUCUCCAGUGUCAGUGGUGUUCACAAGGACCCCUUUGUCUCCUUCAACCAGAGGAAAAUCGUCUGCCACCUUGAGUACAAUGAUGGUUCGUUUGAUUUCGUGUUCUCCAAGGAUGUGGACAAGGUUUCUGUCCCUGCAUUGAUGGUGCUUGAGGUUGAGCGCAUUCUUAAGCCCGGUGGAAUCGGUGCCUUGCUUGUGAGUUCCACUGAUUUUUCUGCUACCCCUGUGUCUUCAUUGUUGAGAUUUUCAAGUGUAGUGCAUGUUGGUUAUGUCAACGAGCUUAGUCUUGUGGUUUUCAAGAAACGAUUUGAAAAUGAAAACACAAGUUCCCUUUUUUAUCAUCAUGGUCUUCCGGCUGAUUGUGCAAGUGUUACAUUCACCAAGCCUCUGGUGGAGUUGAUGGAGCCUCUUGUGGAGGAAAGGCCACUUCUUGAGUUUGAGAAAAGGAUCUCCUAUUUGCCCAAAUUUGUGGAUGUUUCUAGUAGGAAGAGGUUGGUGUAUAUUGAUAUUGGGGUAGGGGAGUUGAUGGAUGCAAAUGUCACUGAUUGGUUCCCACCAUAUUAUCCCAUAGAUCAGAAAGCUUUUAGUGUGUAUUUUGUUCAUUACAACGCUUCAGUGUUGUUGUCCUAUGUAAAAGGACCUCGUGUCACCUUUGUUUAUCAUCCGGGGUUGGCCCAAAAGGCUGAAGCCAAUAAGGGUGUGGAUAGGGACAUUGAUCCGUUUUUGGGGGAGAAUGAGUUUGAUUUCCUCGUGUGGUUCAAAGAAACUGUGCAAUAUGCUGAUUUUGUGGUUCUAAAGAUGAAUGCAGGGCAAGUUGAAAUGAAGUUCUUAAGGGAUAUAUUUGAGAGUGGAGCUGUAUGCUACGUGGAUGAGAUGUUUCUUAGUUGCUCAGAUAGUGGGGAUGGUAUAAGUGAAAGUAUGAACAGGAGAAAACAUUGCAUGGAUAUUUACAUGGGUCUCAGAAACAAUGGUGUCUAUGUUCAUCAAUUGUGGGAUACUAGGUUGCAUCAAGAGCCUCAAGUUUCAUAUGUACAGUGA